UGCAGGAGUGUGAGAGCAAGCUAGCAAAGAAGGAACGCUACGUAGUGAGCAGCCUAAGCAAGCUAGCUCCCGGCCUCCCUCGCCUCCGAUCCCGGCUUCGCCAUGAACUGCGGUGGAAGGUCCCCGGCUACGAUCCGCUGCAAGUACUGCAGCGCGUGCCUCACCGUGACCCCCGGCGAGCGCGCCAUCCAGUGCGCGCAAUGCUGCGGCGUGACGCGCAUCCGGCGCUCCAUGCGGCUCCCGUUGCCGGCGCUCCCGAGGCCAGCGGCGCCGACGGCGGCCUUCCCCUGCACCCGUGGCAAGAAGCGCGCCGUCCUUAUCGGCAUCACGUACGCCGGCAUGCGCCGCGGCUGCGGCGAGCUGAGGGGCCCCAUCAACGACGUCAAGUGCAUGAGGCAGCUCCUCUGCCAGCGCUUCGGCUUCCCCAGCGACUGCAUCAUCACGCUCACUGAUGACCAGAAGGACCCGUUCAGGCUGCCGACCAAGGACAACAUCCGGAUGGCGAUGCAGUGGCUGGUGCAGGGCUGCAGCUACGGCGACUCCCUGGUGUUCCACUUCUCCGGCCUGGGGGCGCAGGUCCCCGACGAGGACUGCGACGAGGCGGACGGCUACGACGAGGCCCUCUGCCCGAUGGACUCGUUCCAGAAGGGCCCCAUCCUGGACGACGAGAUCAACGAGGCCAUCGUGCGCCCGCUGGUGCACGGCGCCAAGCUCCACGCCGUCGUGGACGCCUGCCACAGCGCCACCGUCCUCGACCUCCCCUUCCUGUGCCACAUGUCCAGGACCGGGAACUGGCAGUGGCAGGACCACCGCCCCCCGUCGGGCGCCUGCAAGGACACGAGCGGCGGCCAGGCGGUGCUCAUCAGCGGCUACAGCGACGGCAAGAGCAAGUUCAGCGUGACCCAGGAGGCCUGCGCUUCGGUGGGAGCCAUGACGCACAGCUUCAUCAAGGCGGUGGAGUGCGAGCCGCGCGGGGUCACCUACGGCCGCCUGCUCACCUCCAUGAAGGCCAUCAUGACCAACGGCGGCGGGAGCUGCGACCUGCAGGGCCCCAUCGGCGCCCCCGUCCGCAAGGUCGCCAACUUCAGCGGCGUGCAGGAGCCUAACCUGUCCUCUUCGGAGAUGUUCGACAUCUACCGCAAGCCCUUCGCCCUGUGAGCUCCCAUGGCGGACCUGCACCUACAGACUACGGGGACUACUAUAAGUCGACGUAUCUAAAUAAUUCACCGUCGGGUUUAAGCUUAUGAUGCUUACAGGUUGCUAAUAUGUGUGUGUAUGAUGUGUCACCACCCCUGAUCGGGGCUCAUAUACAGCUUGUGGAGGGGACCUGGUUGCUUGGUGACUUGGUCAUCUUCAUCCACUCCUCCCGAGCUUGAUGUACCUCUUGCCCACUAUAAUAAGGCCUGUUUGUUUCUCUCAAG